UCUAUAGAGAAAGAUCAGCGGUUAAUUGUACCUUUAUGAGUUUUACUUGGUUACAUCAGAAGAGAAACCCGGUGGAAUAAUUUGUUUUUAUCCGUGCGGGUAAAAACCUUCUGUUCAUACAAAGAGUCCUGGAGCUCAAUUCGAUCAUAACGGCGACAAUAAAGACAAGAUGACGGAGGGCCGGCUAUGCCAGGUGCACCUCCUGGACGACAGGAAGCUGGAGCUGCUGGUCCAGCCAAAGCUCUUGUCCCGGGAUUUGUUAGAUUUGGUGUCCUCACACUUUAACCUGAAGGAGAAGGAGUAUUUUGGACUAUUCUUCAUCGAUGACACUGGUCAGAGUAACUGGCUCCAGCUGGAUCGCAGGGUCCUGGAUCAUGACUUCACUAAAAAGACUGGUCCAAUGGAGCUCAAAUUCCUGGUCAGGUUUUAUAUUGAGAAGAUAACAUUCUUGAAAGAGAAUACAACAGUAGAGCUGUUUUUCCUAAAUGCCAAAUCGUCAGUCUUUAAUGAGAUCAUCGAAGUGGAGAGUGAAAACGUUUUCAAAUUAGCUGCUUACGCCUUGCAGGAGGCCAAAGGAGACUACACAAAUGUUGAAAGCUCCAGAUCGGACCUGAAUAAGCUACCAGUUCUACCCACCAGAGUCCUGAGAGAGCACCCCUCCCUGGCUUACUGUGAAGACCGAGUGAUUGAGUGCCACGAGAACCUGAAGGGCCUCAGCAGAGGGCAAGCCAUUGUGCAGUAUUUGGCCUUAGUUGAGUCCCUCCCUACAUAUGGAGUCCAUUAUUAUCCAGUAAAGGACAAGCAGGGCCUACCGUGGUGGCUGGGAGUCAGCUAUAAAGGCAUCGGACAGUACGAUUUACAGGACAAGUUGAAACCUCGGAAGUUGUUUCAGUGGAAGCAGCUCGAUAAUUUGUAUUUCCGUGAGAAGAAAUUUGCAGUUGAGGUGAACGACCCUCACAGAAGGACAGUGUCCAGGCGUACAUUCGGGCAGACCGGAUCGGUCAUCCACUCGUGGUAUGCCAGCCACUCUCUGAUUAAAACCAUCUGGGUGAUGGCCAUCAGUCAGCACCGGUUCUAUUUGGACAGGAAGCAGAGCAAAUCCAACGUUGCCACAGCGAGAAGUUUGAAUGAUAUCACCAUGGACCUGACCGAGAUCAGAGCGCCCAGGAUCAGUAAGCUGUCCAGCUUAGAGAGUAAAGACCAGCUCAUCAUGGCCAGCAACGGAUCCCUCAUCUCAGCAGGAUCAGCAGACUCCGAGGUGAGUGAGGAACAGAAGAAGAAGGUUGCUGACCUGAAGAAGAAACAGCAGGAUCUGCAGGACUCUCUGACUCAGAAACUGGAGGAGCUCAAGAAGAUCUGCCUGCGAGAAGCUGAGCUGACAGGCAGUCUGCCUAAAGAGUACCCUCUAGCCUCGGGCGAGAAGCCCCCCGUGGUCCGUCGGCGCAUGGGGACAGCCUUCAAACUGGACGACCUCUUCCCCUAUGACGCGGAUCCCCACCUGAGGAACCUGGAGAGCAUGUUUGCCCUGCAGCAGAAGAUCGUGGAGGCGGCGAAGAAACUGGCCAACGAGGCUGAGCUCUGUAAGACGGUGAAGAAGAAGAGGAGGAGGAACUGCCUAGACGCCAUGAGGAAGCUGCAUGAGAUUGAGGACGAGAUCAACGAAUACAGGGUCAAGAUGGGCAAGAAGCCCACCCAGAGAGCAUCAAUAAUCAUAGCAGAUGAUGUGAACCCCGCCGAACUCAGCUCCCUGUCCGACAGCCUUACUCUGGACGAUGACGAGGAUCUGGGAGACCAGAGGCAACGGUCCCGCUCGGUGCAGUACUCUCCACGGCCCCACCACUCAGACACCCUCAGUCUCCACUACCAGUCUGAUCGACGGGCCUCAGCUCACAACCAGCUCCAGGACCUCGGCACCAACAGCCGAUUACAUGAUGGUGAAGUCCGGGAACCGUUCCACUACAAUCACGCGGACGCCUUAUCGAGCCACAUCAGCCCUUACAAGCCUGCCUCCAGACAGCCACGUGACGCACGCAGCAUGCCUCCGACUCCACUCCUCACCCGCAAUGCCUAUAGCAGUACCCAGAUCAGGUCGGAGGACGGCCCUCAGCAUUUCCGCCAGCGGAGUGGCAGUCUGGAGUCCCAGUCUCAGUUCCUGGUCGAGACCGUGCCCCCGGCGCCCGCGUCCGUCUUGGCACGCCGCAGCAACAGCACGGAGUUCCUGGACGACGGCUCAUCCUACACCAGCCAGUCCAGCGUGGAGUACUCGGCGCCCGGGAACCAUACCCACCGCCCCAGGGACCGACGGAGGGGCAGGAAGAGCAACGUCUAUGCCAACUCGGGCAGCAUGCCCAACCUGGCACAGACUGACGCCCGCUACAACACAUACCAGCCCCCCCGGGCACCGCGACCCACCACCACGGCCUACUACGUGACUGGCUACCCCAGCUACCCAGAGCCAGAGCCCUACUCUAACGGCGUCUACAUGUACCACAACGAGUUGGAGGGUCAUUACAACAUCCACCCCUCCUACAACGCCGCGCCGGCCUACCACAGACAUGAUGCGUACAGCAGUCGCUAUGGUGACGACGAGACGGACAGUAUGGCCCAGAACCCCUACGCCACGCUGAGGCCGCCUAGGAACCGCCACGCUCCGCCCAGGACGGAACACGUGACCAGGAACAUCCAGAAGGCACUGGUGGAGGAGCACCUGAGAGGCUGGUAUCACCGCAACGCAAGCCACAAGCAGCCACAGGCCUAUGACUACAAUCAGAGGGGUUCCCAGCAGAGCCUUGGCUACCAGACCAUGCCCUACUCUUCAGUCUCGUCUCAUCAGUCCUCUACAGCAGGAGGCCGGCCCGGUCACCUGCGUGGCGGUAUGGUAGAGUACGACGUGCCCCUGCCGGUGCAGCAGCAUUACCCCUCCUAUGGCACAGCACAUUACGGCACAGCUCACCACCCCGCCUACAGCAGAUCCUAUGUAGAUGUGAACCAAACCGAUCCAUUCAUCAGCAGCCAAACCGAUCCAUUCAUCAGCAGCCAAACCGAUCCAUUCAUCGACAGCCAAACCGAUCCAUUCAUCGACAGCCAAACCGAUCCAUUCAUCGACAGCCAAACCGAUCCAUUCAUCGGCAGCCAAACCGAUCCAUUCAUCGGCAGCCAAACCGAUCCAUUCAUCGGCAGCCAAACCGAUCCAUUCAUCGGCAGCCAAACCGAUCCAUUCAUCGGCAGCCAAACCGAUCCAUUCAUCGGCAGCCAAACCGAUCCAUUCAUCGGCAGCCAAACCGAUCCAUUCAUCGGCAGCCAAACCGAUCCAUUCAUCGGCAGCCAAACCGAUCCAUUCAUCGGCAGCCAUACAAACUGCAGCUUGGAUCCAGACGACCAGCGACUUUACUGGCACGAGGGCUCCGCCAAACCUGGAACUAUAGUCUAGCGGUCAGACCAAUCAUGAACGGUCUCAACUUCCACUUUGUGACACUUUCAUGUGCCUUGGACUGCACUUAACUGUUUUUCUGGAUGGAAGAAGGGACCCAAAGAAUCAAAUAACAACACUAUGGAAUUCACACUGGGAAGGACCUAAAGUCGAUGUACAGCUGAUUUGAGUUCUCCUACACGGAAUUGCCAAAGUGGGUCUAUCUGCAUACAGUCAUAGUUUCUGAAAGCAGAAUUACAACACGGUCACCUGAUCUGAAUGUUCUGUAUUGCUAGAUUCUGUGUGUGUGUUGCGCAUGGAGUUGCACUUGGUGCUGUGGCUGGUUGGAUUAGUUUGAGGGUCUGGGAUGACAGUAGGAGGAUGGAGGACAAUGAACAUGACUUGUCCUGCGUGACCAAUAUAUGGGGAAGCUGUAUAUGCUCACCAUUACAAUGAAGGAUCUUUCAAACAAUGACAUGUUGAAAUUUAAGGAUGGGAAUUGGAUUUUGAGUGUAAGGAUGCCAACCAAUGGCAACCUGCUGAAACAUUCUCCAGUCUACCAGUUUCCAGAGCCCAUUCUACGGUAGCGUUGUUCGUAGCUAUGUACAGCACUUGGCUAUUCUUUGUUGGUCAGUCUUUUUGCACCAGCCAUUUACAAGCAUUUGGACCUCGCUCAUUCUCAGCAAUUUGAUCAUCUUUACUUCCAAACGCUUCAGUCUAACGUGUCGGCUUUUAUACCGUCAAAGACCACGUUAACACUUUAUCAAUGACUGUGAUGUUAAUACUAAGUCUAUUACAGGGCUUCAUUUUGUCGAUACAAAAUUCAUUUUUGUAAUUUUUUUAAUGCUUACUGCAUCCCAUGCUGGACUGGACUGGUGCUCUCCAUUCCUCAAGAAGGAAUUUGUAUGAACCUGUUGAUAAUGUAAAUACAUUGUACGGUUCUGUCUGUUUUUAGAGCAUUUUCUUUUGGUAUUUUAAGAAGCAUGUAAUAUAUAGUAAACAAUCAAAUAUUAAGCUGGUUCUUAGUUAUUUGUAUAAUUGAAAUGCAUUUGAAUUAAAACAUACAUUUUGAACUAUA